AUGUGUUUCCCUGGAAAACGACAAAAAGACAACUUCGCUGAGCCAAAACCCACACCUCCAGAUACAAAAGCUCAAGUGAAUCAACCAGAGCAACCAGUUUCUCCCCCCGUUCUCCCUCCACUUUCAUCUGUUUCUCAAUCCAAUAUGUCUGCCCCUAGGGUCGCUAUCGUCAUCUACUCCCUUUAUGGUCACAUCACAAAGAUGGCUGAGGCCGUCAAGACUGGUAUCAGCGGUGCUGGUGGUAGUGCCUCCAUUUACCAGAUCCAGGAGACCCUCUCCGAAGAUAUCUUGAAGCUCGUCAAGGCCCCCCCUAGACCCGACUACCCUGUCCUCGUCCCUGACGACCUUGUCAACUUUGACGCGUUCCUCUUCGGUAUUCCCACUCGUUACGGUAACUUCCCCGUUCAGUGGAAGGCAUUCUGGGAUGCCACCGGCCCUCUCUGGAGCAAGGGCGCUCUCCAGGGCAAGAUGUGCGGUGUCUUUGUCUCCACUGGUACCCAAGGUGGUGGUCAGGAGAUUACUAUUGCCAACACGCUGUCCACUUUCGUGCACCAUGGUCUCAUUUACGUUCCCCUCGGCUACAAGCAUUCCUUCCCUCAGUUGUCUAACCUGACCGAGAUCCACGGUGGUUCUUCUUGGGGCGCGGGAACCUUUGCAGGCACAGACGGCUCCCGUCAGCCUUCACCUCUCGAAACCGAGAUUGCUGCCAUCCAAGGCAAGGCUUUCUGGAACACCGUUGCCCAGUACCAUGGCUACGCCAAAUCCUCGUGA